AUGUCGGACGAAGUGCAACUAAGUAAACGGCUCACAUGGCUGUUGCGUCAUGGAGCUGUACAGGAAAGAAUACCUAUAAGUUUCGAGGGAUUUGUGCCAGUGAACUCCAUAAUUAAUCAUCCAAAAUUUGCGAGAGACUUCAAUUUUAAAAAACUGCAAGAUAUUGUAAAGAAAGAUAAAAAGCAGCUGUAUACCAUGAGGCAAAAUGGCUGCUGGGAGAUACGUGCUAACAAAGGUCACACAAUAGUUAAUGUAGGAUCGAAUUGUUUUCGGCCUGACCUAUACUAUCAUCAUUUUGAGCAAAUGUUUAUGCAAGAACUUCGUGCUAUAGAAAAUUCACGCUUUGUCACAUACAACCACAACAAUAAAUAUAACCAAAGGAACAAAUCGAUGAGUCAUUCACCGACAAAAACUAGUCACGUAUCCGCGAACGGUAACAAAUGUAUCGUAUGUUCUCAGAAAUUCAGUAAUAUUCAAGAAUGUUUGAAACAUGAGCUUUCACAACAUGAUAUUAAAAGAACUAAGAGACCUCAAAGUGGAUUACGCAGCAAAGUUAAAGCGAUCCUAACAGAUAUAAAGACGGACGAACAACAAACAUUGCAAAAAGAAUUACUGAAUGCUCUUCACAAAAGUGAACCAGGUCAAGAGCUUUGCUGUAUUUUUAAACAUCACAGAAUGAAUGACGAGAAAUUAGAUUCAGAAUACGAACGCAUCGAAACUUGUCUGUACAAAGAACUACCACCGUUAAGAGGAUUAAGACUACAUCCUUUCGGCUCAUUUGCGAGUGGUUUAGCUUUACGAGGCAGUGACAUCGACAUAUAUAUUGAGUUUGAGGAUACAACCCGAUUAAGAGAGAAUUACAAUCCACUGGCAUUUAAUCGUAUUAACUGCUGUUUACACCGUAGUAAAUGUUUCAGUGAAAUUAUACCGGUACGACAAGCCCGUGUGCCCAUCAUUAAAUGCAAGCACAUUCCCACUGGGUUCAGUUUGGACAUAAAUAUAUCUUGUCCCAGCAGUGUGAAUAAUACCAAAUUCGUCCGAGAUCUUCUGCAGUUUGAUAACAGGAUUCGUGAAUUGAUAACGUUCCUAAAAAUUUGGGCUAAACAGCUACAAUUAAUUGGUCGAGGGAAUAUGACCAGCUAUUGCCUAAUUACACUGGUAUUAUUUUAUUUACAACAGCCCCAAUCAAAUCAACCGGCUGUGCUGCCAUCGAUAAAAGAACUGCAAGAUAAUGUUCCUGAUAAUUUGAUAGUGGGUGUUAAUUAUGCAUAUCAACUUCAAGAAAAAAUAUCCCCGUUACCACGAGAAUUGACUACUUCCAAACUAAUUGAGGGCUUUUUCAAGUUUUAUCGCUGCUUUGAGUUCGAGAGUUUUCUUAUAUCGCCAUAUAUGGGCGAGGCGAUUCCCCUUGAUAAGUUUAAAAGAGGUGAAAUCAGUUUUCCAGGUUAUAUUGCCAACAACAAGACCAAGCAACCAUUUCAGGUCGAUUGUUGUGUUUGUGUACAAGAUCCGUUUGCCCUAAGCCAUAAUGUUGGCAAAUCGAUAUCUCAACUCAAUUUGGAAUACUUUGUAACAUGUAUUAACCAUGCUUGUGAUGUUUUCGAAGAUGUAAACAUUUCAACAGAUGCUCAACGAUAUGAGGCACUUCUUUACGGUAUUAUUGAACGGAUGGCUGAAGAAUUAAUAUAGAGGAAUCGGGCGCAUCAAAUAGAUUUGAGAAAAUAUCUUUAUCUUUUAUAAGUGACCCUAUUGAAAUAUUUAUUUCAUUUUAUUUUUGAAAUCGACAUUAACAUACGUAUUAAAUAUAAUUUUAGGUAUACAUAUAUCAUGUAAAGUUUUAUUUAAAUAAAGUUGUA